UAAAAACUUUGUAUAAAGAAGAAAAGUAUAGGGAAAAGGCAGUUACAUGUAUAUUAGCAUUCAGAAGCUGCAAGCUUGACUUGCAGGCUUGCUCACCACCUCUUCCCCAGCUUCAAGUGGAAUUAUGAUCACGUGGCAGAACAUUUUUGCAGUGAAGAUAGAAGAAAUGCACAUAACAGAUCCAUGGACACUUCUGGAGGAUGAUGGCCUGCAGGUGCAGGCAUGCAGGCCUGGCUGGAAGGAGUUUGUGCAGCGCCGUGCUCUUGGCAGGUUUCAGUGCUCCCAGUGCUUUCAAAAGUGGUCUUCUGCCAAAGUGCACAUCCUGUUCCACAUGUGCCACUGCCAAGGAUGGGGCACGGUACAGAUGCGAAUCUUUCGCCAGAAAUGCAGGCGCUGCCCCAACUCCCGGCUGGAGGAUCCUGAGUUCAGCCUGGAGACUAUAGAGACAAUUCUGCACAACCUGGUGCUAAAGAUCCUCCAGUACUUCUACAAAAAGCCUGUCCAGCACUGUGACCUCCUGGAAGUCGUGGUGGAUACACCGGUGACAGGGCCACACGACUGUGCCCGCUGCGAGGCCUGCCAGCUCGGCAUUUGCAGCAGGCCCCGCAGUGCCCCGGCUCUGGAUGCCUGGAAGCCCUUGGCAGAUGAGGGCAAGGCCAGGAUGAACAGCACCGAGCCACGGCCGGCCUGGCCAUCGGAUGUCUGGAAGUCCUUGACAAACAUGGGGCAGGCCGGGCUCCGUCGCGCUGAGUCGUGGUGGUCCCUGGGGUCGGAUGACUCUAAGUCCUUGAUUGGUGUGGACAAGGCCAGGACCCAUCACACUAAGUUGCAGCCAGCCCCAGCACGGGUUGCCCGGAAUGCAAACGUGUCCAGGACCACUCAGACCCUGAAAUGCCAGGCCUUAAGGCCCCAGGCAGGCUCGACCCAGCAGCCCUCACCCUCCAACAGAGACUUCCCCUGGAAACGCUGCUGCUGCAUCGGCAGCUCUUUGCUCUGUGUUUUGGCACUGAUCAUCUUCGUUGUGCUUUAUUUGACCGUGAUGUAGAGAGACCUGCAUGUCCUGUGGCCACAACUUUGGCCCAGAAAAAUGAGGUUAAGUUAGUUUGUAAGUACUUGUGUCCUGGCUUCACCUGGGAUGGAGAUAAUUUUCUUCUUUGUAACUGUUGCAGCAUUUUACUUUGGAUUUAAUAUGGGAAUAAUAAUGUUGAUAGCACACUGAUGUUUUAGUUGGUGCAAGUAGUGAUUACUCUAAGUUCUUAUGCUCUGCCAGUGGAGCAGGUGCACAAGGAGCUGGGAAGGAGCUCGGCCAGGACAGCUGACCAGAACUGGCCCAAGGGACUUUCCAUGCCAUAGAUUAUCCUGCUCAGUGGAUAAACUGGAGGAGUUGGGCAGGAGGAGCUGACUGCUCCAGGGGAUAGGCUGGAAAUUGGUCAGAGGGUGGUGAACAGCUGUAGUAUUCAUCUCUUGUCUUUAUUAUGUCUCUCUCUCUUUAUCUCUCUGUUAAUGAUUGUUAUUAUUAUUAAUAUUUACUUUGUUUCAAUUAUUGAACUGCUCUUAUCUCAACUCACAGACUUUACCCUUUUCCAGUCCUUCUUCCCAUCCCUCCGGGGCAGGGUGGUUCAACUGUAUGAGAGGUUGUGCUGUACUUAGUUGCUGGCUUAAACCACAGCAACUUGAAUAAACUUUUGAAAUAGCCUGUA